AUGCUGCGUGCGGUUGUUGGCCAUCUCGGAUGCAUCGUCAAUCAUCUUGGACAAGAAUCCGCUCCAAGUUUCGUUGGCCGACCCUGGCUGGGACAUUUGCCACCUACGGAACACCUCAUCUACCAAACGCGCCCCUUCCCCGCCCUCGGCCUCUGGCCCCCUUACCACGGCGGCAAUGGAGCUCACUUCGCUGUGGAAGUCCCGUGCCCAAAGCAACAGCUAGAGGACCACGACUUGCGUCCCUCCGGCAGUGGCUAUUGCCGUCGAUGCUGCCGUUUCGACAGUAGUUUCCAGAUUUCCGGCCGUCGUGGUCCUGGUCGACGGUACAACGUAGCUGAACAGGCCGCUGAGCAAGAACCGGAGGCACCGCAGACGGCAGAGAACGCCCUACAUCCGUCAAGAUGA